AUGUCGCGGGGCUUCAUCCUGCCAGUUAGUCCCGAUGCUGGGAUAUCAGAAGCACCGGUACAAUUCCCUCCCACAACGAGGGAACAUAUCCUGCAUUGCUCAUAUGAUUACUGGUUUCCCAAGUAUCGCACCUCAUGUAUCCGAUCUCGGAUAAUCCAAGAGGAUCGUAUUAUCCUCGCAGAUGACGACGAGGCAGAAGCCGAAGGCGAAGAGGACUGGGAGCCCACAUCAACCGCUCGGAGCCAUUUCGUCCCUGGACCAGACGAGGAUAUUUCCUCCGACUCUGAGGAUGAAGCGCCUGCUCAAAUGCCGCCAAACCGCCGGUUCCCAGAGCUUCACCAGACCAUCAAGGAUAAGAUCCGCGAGCUUGGGGGAGCCGUGGCGCCGAAACUCAACUGGUCGGCGCCCAAGGACGCAGCCUGGAUUUCGCCUCACCAGAACACCAUGAAAUGUACAUCGCCUAACGACGUCUAUUUGUUGCUCAAGAGCUCCAGCUUCGUCAGCCAUGACCUCGAGCAUGCCUUUGACCACUGUUUUCCAUCCUCAGCCUCGUCCUUGCCUCCAGCCAACAAUACCCCCGGUCUCAAGUUCACCCCGGUUUUAGUCUUGCGCAGCUUCUUCUCGCCGCUGCCAUCACUGGAGUUCCGGUGCUUCGUCAAGGACCGGGCGCUAGUCGGCAUCACGCAGCGCGACCUGAACCACUAUGGGUUCCUCGAGUCACUGCGACCGGCAAUCAUUCAGCGCGCCAAGGAGCUUUUUAACCGCAGGCUGAGGUUUACAUUUCCUGAAGGAAGCUUCGCUUUUGAUGUAUACAUGCCUGAAGCCGAUUACGACGAUGACGACGACAACAGCAGGAAUCGAUUGGGCAGAGCACGGCUGAUAGACAUCAACCCAUGGGCGCCACACACGGACAGUCUCCUCUUCGACUGGGGGGAGUUGUUGGAUCUCAGGGUCCCCAAACCGGUCCUGGGUGUUGCUGGGGAUGGAGACGCAGAAGACGAUCUGACGACAGACGAGGAUGAAGAGGACGACUAUGAGCCCGAAGUAAGGCUCGUCGAAAAGGACGACCCUGCAGCACACAACUUCAGCACGCCGCAAUACUCGGCGCACAAGCUGCCAAAGGAGGUUGUGGACGCCAGCAUGGCAGGUGAAGGGGGAAUGAGGGAAUUCGCCCAGCGAUGGCAGAGGUUUUCCAGCACAGCACCCAUGGCAGACACAGACAUAGAGUCAGACACCCUACCCACCUCCUUCGCAACCCUCUCCUUCCACCAAAGCGACCUGAUUCGCCUCCUCCAGUUCCCGCCAGCCACCUACGACCCUCUGGCGGCCCAGAUCCGCGCGUCCUGGCCGCCCGGGAUCCAGGCGGCGCGGCCUCCCGACAACGCCACGGCGGAGGCGUACGAGUCCAAGCUCCGGGGCCGGCCGUUCGGGGGCGGGUCCCCGUCCGUGGCGGGCGGUGGCGGCGCGGCGCAGGCCGUCGGCAGCCGGCGGCUCGUGCGCGACGUGCUUGCGUUCCUGCACAGCCACGGAUGGGUCCUCGUCACGCCGCUGGGCCACUGCCGCGGCCUCGGCUGCAGGGACACGCUCGUCUUCCGGCGGCGGACACGGUUUGGAGGCGGGGCGGCGGCGCUGGGGGAGCCCGUCGUCCCGCCGCCGCUGGACUGGCUCGUCGUGACGCUGGCGAAGCACGACAGGCUGCGGAUCAUCUACGACGCGCCGACAGCCGACGGGGUGGUGGGCAAGGACGGGGCCGCCGGGUUGGCCGUGGCCGUGGCCAGCUUCUCCGUGCGCAGCGAUCACGACCACGACGAGGUGGGCUUGCUCAUCCAGAGCGUCAAGAAGGCCAUGGCCGAGCUUGACUGCUUCCGGAGCGGCGAGUGGAAGUACGAGUCGUUCGAGUUCAAGUGCAAGGGAAGCCCCUGGCAGACGAUGGGGGAGAAGGCGGUCAGGGCUCAGCUGCUCAUCCUCCGGGUCGUCGAGACGCUCAACCGGUUCGGGUGGCAGUCAUACGCCGCUGUGCGGCAGCGGGGGGAACCGGAAGAUGCUCAGAAGGCGGAUUCCUGGUACUUUGUCCGGCCGCGGGGUUGGGGCGUCAGCGGCGCCUCCGCCCCAUGA